CCUGCUCACCCGCAGUCACUCCUCACACCAACAGUUAGCAUCCCGGACUUGACAUAGCUGUGAGCGGGACCCACGGUGGCUCUCUGACGCUCAGUGAUCUGUAACAUUAACCAAGAGGUGAAGAAUAAACUGUACGUAACUGUUGGGUAUAUAUAUAAAAACUGUUUUAGGAAGUGUGAUUACAGGGUUUAUGGUGGGGCGGUGAACUCUCUUUCAUCCCUACCUUGCCCUCAGCUCCUUCUGCGUCGACAAGUUCCAUCUGUCGACUAAGAAUUCCACCCAACAAAAAGUUCCACCCGUCGACAAAAAUUUCCAGGCGUUGACAUCAAGUUCUAAACGUCGACACAUCAACCUCAAGAUGCCCGACAAAAGGUUUGCCGCAGCGCCUGAAAAUUUGAACCUCAACUGUGCAGGAGAACCUGACACUCUGGAACCCCACAUGCGAAACUCCAUCCAAGAAAAUGACAUUCUGAUCUGGAUCUACAAUAUGAUCGACGAGGCUGCUAGGGUAGACUUCGAGUUUUUCCUGAAAGAUGGCUGUAUCCUUUGCAAGUUGAUGAACCGCAUCAAGCCCGGCUGUAUCCCUGAAGACACUAUCACGUGGGAAGGCGCCCGUAGCAAACAGAUCAACAUACGCAACUUCCUGCAGCAGGCGGAGGCGUAUGGCGUGGCUAAGGCCAAGCUCUUCCACCUGGAGGACCUCCUUCACUUGAGACACAUACCCAGAGUCACCAGGUGUAUCUACGCUCUCGCUAAAUUGGUGGCUCAAGAUCCCAGCAUGGGUGAGGACUGUCCCAAACUGGGCGACGAGCCGAGCUUCAUGAAGGACGACCAACCCAAGAAGAAGGUGGAUAUCCCAGGACACAGAGAUACGAAGGAAGUGAUGGCCCAGCUGACGGCAGAAAAGCCCAAGGAGGAGAAGAAGGUGGUGAAACACUCCCUCUAUCAGUGAUGGGGAGGUGGGAAGAGAGGGGG